AUGGGCGGAUGUGGGGUGGACAUCGUGGUGGGGACCCAGCACCAGCCUUUCAACAGCCCCAGUCUCCUCUCCAGCCCCAAGCACCAGCCUUUCAACAGCCCCAGUCUCCUCUCCAGCCCCAAGCACCAGCCUUUCAACAGCCCCAGUCUCCUCUCCAGCACCAGCCUUUCAACAGCCCCAGUCUCCUCUCCAGCACCAGCAUCAGCCCUUCAACAGCCCCAGUCUCCUCUCCAGCACCAGCCUUUCAACAGCCCCAGUCUCCUCUCCAGCCCCAAGCACCAGCCUUUCAACAGCCCCAGUCUCCUCUCCAGCACCAGCAUCAGCCUUUCAACAGCCACAGUCUCCUCUCCCUCCCCAGCACCAGCCUUACAACAGGCCCAGUCUCCUCUCCAGCACCAGCCUUACAACAGGCCCAGUCUCCUCUCCAGCACCAGCCUUUCAAAAGCCCCAGUCUCCUCUCCAGCCCCAGCACCAGCCUUUCAACAGCCACAGUCUCCUGCUCCAGCACCAGCCUUUCAACCGCCCCAGUCUCCUCUCCAGCACCAGCAUCAGCCUUUCAACCGCCCCAGUCUCCUCUCCAGCACCAGCCUUUCAACAGCCACAGUCUCCUAUCCAGCACCAGCCUUUCAACAACCCCAGUCUCCUCUCCAGCCCCAGCACCAGCCUUUCAACAGCCCCAGUCUCCUCUCCUGCCCCAGCACCAGCCUUACAACAGCCCAGUCUCCUCUCCAGCUGUCACUCUGGCCUUCACUGCAGACCCAGCCUCUGCUUCAGCCUCAUCUCCAGCUCUAUCCCCAGUCUCAUCUCCAGCCCCAGCCCAAGCCUCCGCCGGCCAGGCCUCUCAGUCCCUCUUACUGCCUCCACAGUACUGCUGCCCCAUAA